AAGAGCCUGUUUGCCUUUCCCUAUAUAUAGCAGCAGAGACGUUGAGCAGCAGAUAUUUGCCGAGUGAGGACUAUGAGAGCAGCAACCAUCUCCACACCGAGGUUAAACAAAAUGCCAGGGAUGUUCUUCUCUGCUAAUCCAAAGGAACUGAAAGAAACUGACCAUUCACUUGUAGAUGACAAAACUCAGAAAAAGAAGCCAAAGACUUUUGGAAUGGAUAUGAAAGCAUACCUGAGAUCCAUGAUCCCACAUCUGGAAUCUGGAAUGAAACCUUCUAAGUCCAAAGACAUCAGACUCUCUGUCAAUGAAGUAAUGCAGUGGGCUCAAUCUCUGGAAAAACUACUUGCAAACCAAAUUGGUCAAAAUGUCUUUGGAAGUUUCCUAAAGUCUGAGUUCAGUGAGGAGAACAUUGAGUUCUGGCUGGCUUGUGAAGACUAUAAAAAAACGGAGUCUGAUCUUUUGCAUUGCAAAGCAGAGAAAAUAUAUAAAGCAUUUGUGCAUUCAGAUGCUGCUAAACAAAUCAAUAUCGACUUUCACACUCGAGAAUCCACAGCCAAGAAGAUUAAAACACCAACCCCAACAUGUUUUGAUGAAGCCCAAAAAAUUAUAUAUACUCUUAUGGAAAAGGACUCCUAUCCCAGAUUUCUCAAAUCAAAUAUUUACUUAAAUCUUCUGAAUGAACUUCAGGCUAAUAGUCUAAAGUGAUCAGUUCCUAGCCAGAGAGAACUGAAGAUGGUGUCAAGGACAGAAGAAAUGUGCCAGUUAAUGGCUCCUUGGGUGAACCACCUGGCCCUUCUGAGUGACUCCACAGGCCCAGAGGAAAAACAAAUGAUUCAACAUGGAUUAACAUGGAAGUUAUCCAGGCUCAGGGUUGAAGAAACAUGAGCAAGAUGAAACCCAAGAGACAGUAAAAGGAAGGAGACACUGUGGUACUGUUGUAAAAAACAGUGGACAUAUCAGAAAAAUCCCUCAGAACUGAGAAGGCCGGGGAACUCCAGUUGCACAGAAACUGUGAAUAAAGGUUUUGAAACUGAUUAAAACAUGCUAUCAGCUUCGAGGUCAGCUGAUAUUUAUGCUACAUAUUAUUAUAUAGAGAUUUAUUGAGCUGCUGACAUGCCUUUGACUUGGAUGACUAUUUGGAAAAUAUGUGUUUGAAACCACCAUUGCUAAUAUUGAUGCAAAAAGAGUUUUUGAUGUUGUUUUAUUUUUUUGGUUUGUUUUGACUUGAACGAGAAGAAGAAGAGAACAAUGUACUUAACUUAAGCUGUUGCUCCUAACACUGGGAAGUCAGAAUUUAUUUGUAAAUUAUCACAGUGUCAGUAAUAAGUGAGUUUUGUAUUAAAAAUAUAUAGAAGCAA